UUACUAGGUUAUGAGAUACGUGUUGACUUUUAACAUGUUGCACUUCUCACGUGUCGGUGUCGGCUCCCCUUCAAAGGAGUACUUCAUGGUUAUUGACACAGGCAGUGACGUCAGCUGGCUCCAAUGUCAACCUUGCUCCGACUGCUACCAGCAAAGCGACCCAAUCUACACCCCUUCAUCCUCCUCUACUUACUCCCCUCUCACGUGCAGAACACGUGAGUGUUCCACCCUCGAGGUCAGCGCGUGCCGCAACAGCGCGUGUCUCUACCAGGUUUCCUACGGCGACGGGUCCUACACCGUCGGUGAAUUCGUCACCGAAACGGUGUCGUUUGGCACCUCAGGGAAAAUCCCAAAGGUAGCAAUAGGAUGCGGUCACGACAACGAAGGACUCUUCAUAGGUGCUGCCGGGCUUCUCGGGCUUGGUGGUGGCCCGCUCUCAUUACCCUCACAAAUCAAGGCUACCUCGUUCUCCUACUGCUUAGUCGACCGUGACUCCCCCAAAAGCUCUUCACUCGAGUUCAACUCCGCGAAACCAGCGGACUGCGUAACCGCGCCGCUGAUCAAGAACAAUAAACUGAACACCUUCUACUACGUGGGACUCAGUGGGUUCAGCGUAGGUGGUCAGCAGAUCUCCGUCCCACCAACAUUAUUCGAUGUAGACGAGUCGGGUUCGGGCGGGGUUAUCGUUGAUUCAGGCAUAGCCAUAACUCGGCUACCAACUCAAGCCUACAAUUCGCUUCGAACCGCAUUCACUCGGCUAACGCCGCACCUAAAGUCAACAACGGGAGUAGCAUUGUUUGAUACUUGUUACGAUUUCUCGUCAAUGAGUAGCGUGGGUGGAAUGGUGGUGGGCUGGUGGUCCAAGGAGAAAGACUAAGAAAAAAAAUUAUUA